AGUCGGCGCGUUUGGUACUCGCGCCUGCAGAGCUUUCAACCUCCGCGCCGGCUGCGCCUGUUUCUCGGCCAGGGGAGCAAGGCCACGCGGCCUACGUAGCCGAGUCGGAACCAACCGGUUGUUUAGUGCAACCUACCCCAGAACCUCCCGCGGCCCACAGAGCACAGACUGUUUUUGCCAACCAUGGCAUCUGGAGAUGACAGUCCUAUCUUUGAAGAUGAUGAAAGCCCUCCUUACAGCCUAGAAAAAAUGACAGAUCUCGUAGCUGUUUGGGAUGUUGCUUUAAGUGACGGAGUCCACAAGAUCGAAUUUGAACAUGGGACUACAUCAGGCAAACGAGUAGUAUAUGUAGAUGGAAAGGAAGAGAUAAGAAAAGAGUGGAUGUUCAAAUUAGUGGGCAAAGAAACAUUCUAUGUUGGAGCUGCAAAGACAAAAGCGACCAUAAAUAUAGAUGCUAUCAGUGGUUUUGCUUAUGAAUAUACUCUGGAAAUUAAUGGGAAAAGUCUCAAGAAGUAUAUGGAGGACAGAUCAAAAACCACCAAUACUUGGGUAUUACACAUGGAUGGUGAGAACUUUAGAAUUGUUUUGGAAAAAGAUACUAUGGACGUAUGGUGCAAUGGUAAAAAAUUGGAGACAGCGGGUGAGUUUGUAGAUGAUGGGACUGAAACUCACUUCAGUAUCGGGAACCAUGACUGUUACAUAAAGGCUGUCAGUAGUGGGAAGCGGAAAGAAGGGAUUAUUCAUACUCUCAUUGUGGAUAAUAGAGAAAUCCCAGAGAUUGCAAGUUAAUGAAUUUUCAUCUUAAGAAGUAAAGAUCAGGACUUUUUAAUUACUGUGGUAAUUAAAUGUGUUCAGUAUGUACUUAUCAGUACAUUUAGUCUGCAAUGUUUUAAUUUUUUAAAAAGUUACAUGAAACUAACAUUCCAAGGGUCAGGAAAAAAACCAAUUAUGUAUAGUCAGUCAUAAAAAUUACAAUUUAUGAUGCAAAUAAUGUAAAAUGUUUUAAAGACAAAUGGCAAAUAAGAUAUGGACCAAAGUCACUAAUGUUUUACAACAGUAACCUUUACUAUAAUAAAUACUUUUUUAAAAAUCUG